UUUUCUCCGACUGGCUUCCCGGGAUCUUGUUGCAAGACUUCAGACAAGGUAGAUCCUCUGGUGUCAGACUCGAGACAACACAUCAAUUCCAUUUGCUGGGCUCAUCGUUAAGUUCCAGUGUAUGCGAAGCUUCCGCCUGCAGUGCAGGGUAACCUCGACCACCGGUGUACGUGACCUAAUCCUGGUUUCCAUACAUUGAACAUCACAAAUGGGCGCGGUGAAGAACAUUCUAGAGCCUGCGGCGAUUGUCGCCGCCUUCACUGCAGGAGCACUCAUCAAUCGGCGCAAGAACGCUAAACUCCUCGCUACGCCGGACGUCGAGUCACCACUGCUGGAAGCUCCUCCAGUGGACAUAAAGCCAAACGAGGACUCUGAUGAGCGCACAAUUCGAAACCGCCGAACCAUACAAUCACGGAUCCUUGCCAAAUUCCCCUUCUUGUUGGAAAUAUGGUAUUGGCUACUCACAUAUUGGAUUUAUCAAGGUUUACGGGCAUUUUCCGCUAGGAUGAUCAGUGGCCAUGAGGCUAUUUUCGACACCGCUGAGCGCCAUGCCCUUUCCAUCCUCUCGUUCGAGCACUUCCUUCACCUCGAUGUCGAGCUAUCUGUACAAAGGUAUGUGCUUGAGCAGAAGCCAUGGCUCAUGGGAUUCCUUGCUCGAGUAUACUAUUCACACAUUGUCCUCGGUGUGAUAUUCAUCGUCUACUGCUAUACCUGCAUCCAACGAGACAAGUAUCAAGCAAUCAGGCGUACACUGGCGUUCGAGAACGUCAUUGCCUUCACCAUCCUUACCUUGUGGAGGUGCAUGCCACCUCGCCUGCUGCCAGAGGAGUACGGCUUCAUCGACGUUCUGCACAGCAAUGCAGGCGGCUCAGCCUGGACGCAGAACAAAUUCCAGCUCACAAUUGCAGCGAUGCCCUCGCUCCACUUCGGCAACUCGAUGUUCAUUGCACUCUGCCUGCUGAAGUUCAGUCCGCAUUGGUACCUUCGAGCUGUGGCGCCCAUCUGGCCCAUGCUCAUGGGACUUACUAUCGUUGCGACAGCCAACCAUUUUAUCCUAGAUGCUGUCGUCGGUGCAUGUGUGACGCUCACGGCAUUUAGAUUUAACGCCGUCAUGUUAUAUCUUCUUCCUGUGGAAAGAGCACUCUUCAGGUUGUUGCGUAUAGAGAAACCCUAGGCCGCCAGAGGUGCCUAGCCUGCCGGUAUACAGUCUUG